GAGAAACGUUCUUAUUAUUAUUAUUUCCCCAAGAACUGUAAAUUGGGCUGUUAACUAACCUGCCGCAGUGUCUUACAAAUCACAAAUUUAAAAAAUGUGUUUGCAAGUUAUCGUCACAUGCCAAUAUAAGUCAGGAUGGAUCAUGGAAAGUUUCCUAAUAAAUUGGCGUCUCAUCUCUUGAUUGUUUCUUACUUUAAUUAUGCAAGUUAAAAAAAAAAAAAAUGGUGUGUCGUGCGUACAAGAGUUGAAGUGCGCCGCAUCUGCCCGCCGAAUGCGAAAUAAUAUAUAAGGGGAACUCAAAAUGUCCUUGCUGAGAUAAUAGAAUACAGAGGAUUAACCAAAUCCCACUCUAGUGUCUACUGUUGUUCUAUAAAAUAAAAUAAAAUAAAAUAAAAUAAAAUAAAAUUUGGAGGACAAGAAGGAGGGAGCGGAGAGUUGUUGUGCAGCUGCAUGAGGGCAGGAGUGAUUCAGCUGAAUGGAGGACCGAGAUUUACGGACGAUGGCGCGGGAGCUCCAGGCUCCAUCACGGGUAUGGUAUGCAUCCAAACAAUCGAACAAAGAAACCGGCGUUCGUAUCGGGCAUGGGCCGCAUGUGUAUGUACGAGUGCCACGCGCACAUUUCAAAGAAUACAGAGUGCGGAGGAAGGUCCGAGGGCGCCACCCGUCCCGCCGCGGGCUCGCGUCGAAUCCCACUGGGGAUCGAAACAUUGGCCUAAUAAACUAAUAAGAGGUCGACGUACGCCGCAGGAGGAGCUACAUUGUACAUAAGAAUCAACGAGGGAAUGCCACUCGAAGAUGAAACCACAGCUAUAUCUGGUAGUUCUGUGCGCCAUCACGCUAUUCAUUAUCUAUCGGAUGCCAAACUCUCAGUAUCAAGAAGCAGAGUUGGAGGCAAGACUUCAUCCAUUUGAUACAAUCAAGGAUGCUGAUCCAGUUAACAAGAUUGGUUACUUACCUCACGGUAUUAUGCAAUCAAAUUCUGACAUGGAACUAAAACCCUUGUGGGUCACAAAAGGGCCAAACUUGGAGGAGACUGUUCAGUGUCAUCAGAACUUACUCGCAAUAUCCGUCGGAAUAAAACAAAAGAAAACUGUCGAUUCAAUAAUUAGAAAGUUUCUUCCAGAUAAUUUUACAGCUAUUCUAUUCCACUAUGAUGGAGAUGUCAAUGGGUGGCACAAUCUCCCAUGGAGUAAAAGGGUCGUCCAUAUUGCCGCUCUUAACCAAACAAAAUGGUGGUUUGCAAAACGUUUUCUGCACCCUGAUGUUGUCUCCAUAUAUGAUUAUAUAUUCCUUUGGGAUGAAGAUUUGGGAGUAGAUAAUUUCCACCCAGCAAGGUACAUAGAAAUUGUUAAAUCAGAGGGAUUGGAGAUUUCUCAGCCAGCACUUGAUCCAUAUCUAUCUGAAAUACAUCACAGAAUAACUGUUCGCAGGAAGAAAGGGAAGGUGCACAGAAGAGUUUAUGAUAAUCGGGCUGGUGGCGACUGUUCAAGCACCAGCGAUAAACCACCAUGUGCUGGUUGGGUGGAGGGCAUGGCACCAGUAUUUUCUAGAUCUGCUUGGCGUUGUGCUUGGAACCUUAUUCAGAAUGAUCUGAUCCAUGGAUGGGGAAUAGAUAUGAAACUUGGCUAUUGUGCUCAGGGUGAUAGAACAAAGAAGGUUGGAGUAGUUGACGAUGAAUAUAUAGUGCAUCAAGGCAUCCAAACACUGGGAGGGCCUUCAACAGAAAUGAACGAGAAAGGCAUCCGGCAGCCUGUUGUGAGAUCUAAACGGAUGCUGCGUAAGGGUGUCAUCCAGAAUCGAGGAAGGCCACGAACAUCUGAUGCACGAAUUGAGGUGAGGAGACAAGCAAGGGUAGAACUUCAAAAUUUUCAGGAACGCUGGAACAGGGCUGUCAGGGAAGACGAGUCUUGGAUCGAUCCCUUCCAUCCAAAUCCAACUACUAGGGCCCAGAAUGAUGCCAAUGAGUUUGGUCCGGUGCUUUCCCUGGACUAGAUGUUUUUGGCAUUGUUGUGAUCCUUGGCCGUCGAUUACUUUACAUGUUGUUUUUGGGAACAUUAGCAAGGCAUAUUUCUUCAUUGCUAGUGAAACUGUUUUGCUCUCCGCAAGCGGCGUCUGUUUGUAUGCCACGAUUAUUAUUAUUAUUAUUAUUUUUCCUUUCACUGUUAAA